GGCUCCAGAUGUGCACUGAAACCUGAAUCCUCCUCUCUGCUCUGGAUCUGUGUAUUUUGGGAUGUUUGACUCGAGGCUGGACAAAGACACGUUUCCAGGAACAGUGUGACCGAGCAGAUGUUUCUGCUGUGGGAGGAGGAGAAGAAAGAGGAGGAGAAGAAAGAGGAGGAGAAGAAGAGGAGCGGGCGUUUGUGCAGAAGAAGAAGUUUCCUCUCUGACGAUAUGGCUGAAGAUGUCCGUGGACUCUGAGAACUCCAGUGUUCUGACGUCAUGCCUCUUCCAAACAGCUGAUGAGAAAGAUGAGAGCGUUCUGGAGAUGCUGAGUUACUCGAAGUUCUCCGACCUGGAGACAUGGCUGUGCACGCCUUCCUCGCUGCUGCUGCCCCGGGCGCUGGACUCCGCCUUCACCUCCUCCUCCUCCUCCACCUCCUCUUCCUCACAUGCGUCCAACCACUCCUCCCCCUGCUCCUCCUCACCUGCCUCCAACUCCCGUCGCUCCACGGUCAGCGACCCGGGAGACGACGACAGGUUGUCAGAGAUAGAAUCCACCGUCUUCUCUUCUUCACUGGCGAUGGACACGCCCUGUCUGUCCACGCCCCUCCUCUCCUCAACCCCUGCCGCCGCCGCGCUGAGCUCGGGGACGUCAGCCGGAGACUCCGCCUCCCAGGGCGGGGUCAGCCUCAGGAAGCGGCGGCGGCUCGCUGCCAGUCCUGGAGGACUCCACUGGAACUCUGCAGGUUCGGUGCAGCGUGAAUUCUGGUCACCUGAUCCGUCUCCUGGGUCGGGGGGGUGUGCAGCAGCAGGAGGAGGAGGAGCAAGGCGCCUCCACCUGGCUGAAGUGGGCAGGGCGUCAGCGGCGUGCGGCAGCGAGCGGGCGGCCUUGAGGAAGACGGUCUCGGUGGACGAUCGUCUGCUGCAGCCGGCGGUCGGAGAGCAGCGUGUGCGACUCCUGAGUCGACUGGAGAGAGGGAGGAAGAAGCUGAGGAACGUCCACACUUUGGGAAACACAGGAGGAUUCGACAGCAGGAUAAAUAAGAUCUCCCGGUUGACUCAGAGGUGGAACCAGAGACCGGCUGGAGAUGCUCUGAUUAAAGACCUGAGACCCCGAACCUCACUCAGUCUGGACAGACGCCUCCCGGCUGUGAUGACCCAGCAGAUGCAGAACCUGCAGUUGGCCCAGACCGGGAAGUGCCCCGGUGGGCCGGCCUCCCCCAGCGCCGCCAAGCGCCUCUACAGGAACCUGUCAGAGAAGCUGCGAGGAAGCACCUCCUCCUUCGAGGAUGCCUACUUCUUCGGGAAGACGGAUCGUCUCCGUAAGGCCUCUGCGAUGCAGGGCAGCGACUGCAUCUUCGAGGCGGUGGAGCAGCAGGACCUGGACACGGUGCAGAUUCUUCUCUAUCAAUUCUCGGCCGAGGAGCUGGACCUGAACACCCCCAACAGCCAGGGCCUGACGCCGCUGGACAUCGCCAUCAUGACCAACAACACGCCCAUCGCCAAGCUGCUGCUGAAGGCCGGCGGCAAGGAGAGUCCUCACUUCGUGAGCGUGGCGAGUCGGGAGGCCCACCUGAGCUCUCUGGUGCUGGAGGCGGAGCGCCGGGCCUCGGACCUGGCGGCUCAGGCCCAGAGGGACGGCCUGUCGCUGGAGGCCUGUCACAAAGACAAGCAGCUGAGGAUCUGGGAGUGGAGGAGCAAACUGUACAAACGCAUGAGCACCGGCUUCCAGCACGCACGAGCGCCGGAGGCCCCGUCCAUGGUCCGUCUGAGCGUGAGCAGCAGCUCCACGCUGAGCGUCUCGUUUCAGGAGCCGCUCUGUCUCAACUCCACGGUGGUGACCAAAUACCGAGUGGAGUGGAGCUGUUUGAAGGACUUCUCCCUCCUCGCUGGAGAGACGCUGUUGGACAACCUGCAGAGUCUGAGGUGCACCAUCAGCAGUCUGACCACGGGUCGACUUUACUAUGUUCGAGUGUCGGCCUUUAACAUGAAGGGCUGGGGUCCGCCCACCUCCUCGCUCCCCCCAUCAGCAGCUCCUUCCAAUUGGAGGGAGAGUGACGGGCGGGAGCCGAAGAGACGAGGACACAUCGAGGCCAUGGAGCGUCUCCUGCAGCAGGUCCGAGCCACGCACACACACUACUGCUGCGGAGACGCGUCCAAGCUCCAGAACCCGAGCAGGAAGCAGUCGGUCUCCAGGAGCAUCAAACAUCUCUUCAACUCCUCCAACAAGUUCGUGAAAACUCUCAAGAGGGGGAUUUAUCUGGCGGCCAUCUUCUACCAUAAGGACAGUUUGUUGGUGACGGCAGAGGAUCAGAUCCCCAUCGUGGAGGUGGACGACUCCUACAGCAGCUCCCUCAUGCAGGACUUCCUCUGGUUCACCAAGCUGUCCUGCAUGUGGGAGGACGUGCGGUGGCUGAGACAGAGCAUGUCCGUCUCCAUGUCCUCCUCGUCCACGCUGCAGGCGCGACACAAGAUGCUGACCGCCGCCGCCCAGCUGCAGAACCUGCUGGGAACUCACAACCUGGGCCGCGUCCACUACGAGCCCAUCAAGGAUCGCCACGGGAACGUGCUGCUGGUGACGGUGCAGGAGGCGGGGGGGCAGCUGACCAGCGGGAGGUGGAUGCAGGUGACGAAGCUGCAGAGCCAGAGGAAGUCUCUGUCCACGCCCGAGGAGCCCUACGCCCUGGACAUCCUCAUCAUCACCGUCCAGGACAUCUUGGCGUACCAGCGGCGCGGCACUCACCGCCUGGCGCCCGGCCUCUACCUGGGCUUCCUGAAGCUCAGCAGCUCCGUGGACCAGAUCCGGGUCCUGGUGUCGCAGCGAACUCCCAACAUGCUCUGCCACACCCGCGUCCGGGAGAACGCCAACGUCUCCAGGGACGAGUGGGACUGGAUCCAGAAGCUGUCGGCGGCCGGUGAGCGGGAGCACGGCCGGACGGAGGGCGAGGAGAGCCACGCCCCCUUACUGUUCUACGAGCUGCAGACGGCGAUCAAGUCUCUGCUGAAGCUCAUCAACCAACCGCUGCACCAGGCCCGUCACUUCCGUGUCUACAGCCAGGAAGUGGUGGAGCUCGGUCACGGCGUCUCCUUCCUGCUGCUGCUGCCGGCGGCCGACGACGUUUGCUCCCCCCCCGGGCAGUCCAACCCCUACACCCCCCUGUCAGGGUUCCUCCUCCUGCCCCUGCCCAUGUUCGAACUGGUUCAUUUCUGCACCUACAAAGAGAAGUUCAUCAGUCUGUACUGCCGUCUGUCCUCCGUCCUGGACCUGGACGCCCUCAUUACCCAGCAGGCACUGCGGGAGGCCAUCAGCGACAGUGAGGUGACCACAGCCAAACAAAGACACCAGCUCAUCCUGGACUACAUCCAGCAGCUGGACGACAUGCGUCGGGACCUGCGUUGGAUCACGGACGCUCUGCAGUACGCUCGCUACAAGCAGCCUCGUGGCGGCGCGCCCAUCAGCUGCCUGGUGGACGCCAGCGCUCCAGAGAGUGUCUCCGACCAACAGAAGACCGACUCCACCUCCUCCACCAUGGACUACCUGCCCACGCCUUCGCCCUCGCCUGAACUCCACAGGAGGAAAGCCAUCAGCGACUCUCUGCUGGGCUCCGAUGAAGACGGCUCCUCGGAGGUGUUCCUGCCGACAGACAGCGACUACGACUCCAGCGACGCCCUGAGCCCCCGCGAGCUGGACCUGCUCUACUCCCCGUCCCGGGACCUGUCCCAGCAGGCCGUGCACUCGCUGGGCGGCAGCGCCCCCGACGUGCUGCAGAUCCACGAGCUCAGGUACAGCGUCUGCCCGCCCAAAGACCCCCCCCACUCCCCAACGGUGAAGGAGCCCACAUCUAAAGACGCUCCUCUCUCCUCCCCCCUUCUCCCUCACUCUCCCUCUCGCUCCAAAGACUUCCCUCUCUCUAUAUCCACUUCACCUCGAUCGCCCUCCCUGUCCAGGACCCUCCCCACCUCUCCGUCCCUCCCCCUCUCCCCGUCCCUGUCCGACACCACCAGGACUCUGGACAGCCUCUCCCUGUCCAAGAGCCACCAGGAGGAGGUUGCUCCCCUAAGGGCCCUCACCAACCCCCCCGCCAAGCGCAAACUGCUCUCCAGGAGUCACAGGGGCCAGUACUUCAGUGGCCCCCAGCGCUGGCUGAGGGGCCAGAGUGGGGAGAGUCACACCGGCUCGUUAUCUGAGGGCGUCUACACCAAGCAGCUUGAAACCAACCUUCCGCUGCUCGGGGACCCGCCCGACCCACAGGGCCCCCCCUACGUUAGCCACGCCUCCCAUGUCCUUGAGAGUCGGAGGGGCCGCCAGCGGGAGCCACGCCCCCACGUCCGCAGGAUCUUCGUGGAGCCCUGCAACAAGCUGUCACCGGGCCACGAGGGGAGGGGCUGGGGCGAGGAGGGAGGCGCCGAGGAGGAGGCGGCUGCAGGUGCGUCGGUGGUCGAGGUGCAGGGGGCAGCGUCUUGGGGGGAGGGGGAGGGGCCAGAGGGAGCCACUGCGCAGGACGUAGAUUCAGACGACCAAACCAACGCCCAAGUGUCGGAGAUACUGAGCAGCACGCUGUAG